GUUCAUAUAAAAGGCCUGUCGCAACGCAAAAGUAGGGUUUUGAGCUGAUCGAAGGGUUUGCUAGCGGAGCCGUCGUCCCUCCUCAGAGUACUCACAGUCCUCUGCUCCACCGCCGGAAGCCCUAACCUCCAUCCGGCCAUGGCCGUCGGGAAGAACAAGCGGAUUUCGAAGGGGAAGAAGGGUGGCAAGAAGAAGGCAGCCGAUCCGUUUGCCAAGAAGGAUUGGUACGAUAUCAAGGCUCCGUCCGUGUUCACUGUCAAGAACGUUGGGAAAACCCUAGUCACUCGUACUCAGGGCACGAAGAUUGCUUCAGAAGGACUGAAGCACAGAGUUUUCGAGAUUUCCUUAGCUGACCUCCAGGGUGAUGAGGACCACGCAUACAGAAAGAUCCGUUUGAGAGCAGAAGAUGUCCAAGGGAGGAACGUCCUCACUAACUUCUGGGGCAUGGACUUCACCACCGACAAGCUGAGGUCGCUGGUAAGGAAAUGGCAAACUCUGAUUGAAGCUCAUGUGGAUGUGAAGACAACAGACAGCUACACUCUGAGGAUGUUUUGCAUUGGCUUCACCAAGAGGCGUCCUAACCAGGUCAAGAGGACCUGCUAUGCUCAAUCUAGCCAGAUUAGACAGAUCCGCCGGAAGAUGAGGGAGAUAAUGGUGAAUCAGGCAACGUCUUGUGACCUGAAGGAGUUAGUUAGGAAGUUCAUUCCCGAGUCCAUCGGAAAGGAAAUUGAGAAAGCAACCUCGGGCAUCUACCCCCUCCAGAACGUGUUCAUCCGCAAAGUCAAAAUUUUGAAAGCUCCCAAGUUUGAUCUUGGAAAGUUGAUGGAGGUCCAUGGUGAUUUUUCGGAAGAUGUUGGCGUGAAGGUGGACAGGCCAGCUGAUGAAACAGUGGCAGAAGGGACCACCGAGGUCAUUGGCGCUUAGAAUGCAAGAGACUGCCGAGGUUUCUCCAUCUUGUCUCUGGCUUACAGAUGUGUUUAUCAUCUUUCUUUUUCUCCAAACAAUUUAGAGCCUAUAAUGGGGUUUAGCUGAGCUGCUGCAAAGAGGAGACAAUUUUGUUCUUGAUUUUGUACCCUGUUAGAUUGUCGAUUGACACCCUAUUUAAAAAGCAUUUAUGUUUAUUUUCAUUGGGUUGGUUUCUCAGA